AGGAAAUGUUACACGCAUUUUAAACAUCGCGAUGCUUGGCGGUUGGACUGUGGCUCACGAACAGGCGAACGACUGCCCAUACUCCUAACCUGUCGAUUGAAUCAUGCUAAUCGGAAAUGCCUGGGAUCUUUCACUAUAACCUAUAUAACGCCAUCACGCUUGCAUGACACGACUACCUGCGGCGAAGGGUGUGCUUUACACUUAGGCACGACGGAGUUUUGCGGGGCGUCUUCGAUCGGCCCAAACGAAGGUUUCCCUUGAUCCAUGCGAGCGUGGAGGCUCUGAGACUGCGGGGCAACCGCCCCAUAACUGAAAGGAGUCGUCUGCUCAAGGGCUGCCUGGGAACACUCACGGCUAGUGUCAACGAAGAGCUAGUGAGAUAAUGAGCAUGUUCUACUAGCAGCAGGGGCAGAGUUGUACAUCUUAUGUCUGCAUGGGCAAGGUUGGCUCCGACCAUGGGAUAUUAGUACACUAAGCUCGUCUAACUCUGAACUUAUAACCACAAGCAUGCCUAUUAUAUAGACACUAUACAAGCUGGCUAGUAGCCUGCUAGGUCUUUUGCUACGCCGGCUCCCCCGAUGUCAUUGCGCUAUUGAAAAACAAGCGCCGGCUAUAGGCGGCAAGCUAUGGUUCUAGUUUGUUAAUCCGUCUUUAUAUUGUGCUGUCGUAUUCCAGCUAAGUUGUCACAUAGCACUCGCGCAUCCGCGAUGACCAAUCGUCCCGCCGAAGGGCUGCAGCCGGACGCCACUGUAAUCUGACAAAGGUAUCAUGUCUGGUAUCCUAUCAUCUCAAGAGGGCACCGCCCUCCUGAAUGUCCCGGCUGCUCCUACGUUCUGGCCAACGGAGGAUGAAUGGAAGUCUCCGUUGCGCUAUCUUGAGUCCAUACGGCCAAUAGCAGAGCCUUAUGGCAUUUGCAAGAUUGUGCCGCCCAACAGCUGGAAGCCGCCGUGCGCUCUCGACCUCUCCGGGCUCAAGUUUCCUACUCGCAUACAAAAGGUCCACGAGCUGCAGCACCGCGACUUUCAGCCGUCCCAUUUGGACUUUUACGAGGACUAUGAUAGGUUCCUUCAGUCGCAUGGCAAGCAGCUCUGCAAGUGGAAGUAUCCGCAGUUCCUGGGCAAGGACAUCGACAUCUUCGUGUUAUACCGUGCUGUAAAGCGGCGUGGUGGCUACGAGCUGGUCACCGAGCAGAAGCGAUGGAAGGAAGUUGCCAAGUCCCUGCAGAUACCGGAGAAGGGCCAGACCAGCGUGGCUUACGGCAUGCGUCAGCUCUACGUCAGGCACCUUCUGCCUUACGAGGACUGGAAGAACGGCACCGGCGCUGCUGCUGCAGCCAUGGCUGCGGUGAAGGCUGAGGCGGAGGCGGCUGGACAGCUCAGUCAGCCGGGGCUUGAGGAGGAACCUGAGGGCGGCGAGCAGCAGCAGCAGCCCAAGCCUGCUGGCAAGCCGGAGCCGCCCUCUCCGCUUGCGCUGCCAGCAGUGCUGUCUGAGGCAUCCACCGCAGCGGACGCCCAGUCACCUCAGCAGCCCUCGCAGCCCUCCCAGCAGCAGCACCACGCAGAGGCGCAGGGCAGGACAAAACGCAGACGUGAGACGGCGGGCUUGGAUCAGGACCCGCAGGCCCAACCCGGGGACUCGCCGGAUCCCAACGACGCCAGAAAGCUCCCCAGGCCCGACGUCGGCGGCGGCAACACCGCCGGGCCCAGCGACGGGCCCCCCGAGGCUGCCGCCGCUGCUGCAGCUCCCACCACCACCACCACCAACGGCGGCGGCAGCGGCACCUCCCCGACCCCACCCGCCUACUCCCGGCCGCAGCGGCAGAGGCAGCGACCCAGACGUGGCGACGACUCGCCCGAACCCCGGCCCGCUGCCGCCUCCGCCGCCGCCGCCGCUGCUGCUCACAAGCAGCGCGACCAGCACCUGCUCGCCGCUGCCGCCAAGCGCGCCGCCGAGCGGGGCGGCGCCGCGGAUGAGCGCGAGCGCGGCCGGCAGCGGGAGCAGGAGCUGCAUCGGGAGCAGGAGGAGCUGCUGCGGCGGUACGGACAGAACCCUGAGCACCCGCUGUAUCAGGCGCAGUCGCGGCGGCUGAAGAAGCAGCUCAAGUCGCGGGAGGAGGCGGCGAUGGCGGAGGCGGCGGAGAUCCUGGAGAUGAUGAUGGGCCGGCAGG